AUGGCGACUGAAAUGAAGACCUUGUGCUUGUUGGGAUGUGGAAAUUUAGGAGCCGCGAUUCUUGAUAGCCUACUCAAUGCGCCACAAGAAGAACCCCUCUUCACACGCUUCAUCGCGUGUGUCCGCAGUCCGCAAUCGGAGGAGAAACUAGCCACUCGAUUCGCGCAGCAUCUCGACCGAUUGACAAUUCUUCGAGGAGACAAUGCCAAAGCUGUGCAAGAAUCCAACGUGAUAAUUCUCGGGGUAGACCCUGCAGACAUCCAAAGGGCUCUAACACAGGAUGGCAUGCGCGAGGCUUUGGAGAACAAGCUCCUAAUUAGCAUUGCAGCUGGUUGGACUCGACAAAAACUGGAGGAAACUGUAUAUGGGACCUACACAACCGAGAUUAACCAGCUUGGUCGCGCAUGGGUCAUUCGCACGCUUCCAAACAUAGCUGCGCAAGUCUCGCAGUCCCUUACUGCGAUUGAAGUCUCCGAACCCACACCACCAGAGCAUUAUCUUCAAAUCACAACGGCAAUCUUUGAACGUAUCGGUCGCGCACUUCAGAUCGAGCCUAAACUCAUGAAUGCGACAACAGCCGUUGGGGGUUCUACACCUGCCUUUUUCGCUGUGAUCUGUGACGCGAUGAUCGAUGCCGCUGUCGCAGUUGGUGUUCCUCGGGACUUGGCACACACCAUGAUUUUCCAAUCUAUGCAAGGGACGGCAACUAUGUUACAAAGCGGGAUUCAUCCAGCUCUUCUGAAGGAUCAGGGCACAUCGCCUGAGGGAUGUACUAUUGGAGGGUUGAUGGUUAUGGAAGAAGCCGGCGUUAGAGGCCAUGUUGGACGCGCUCUCCGAGAAGCCGUAACGUUGGCUCGUUUGAUGGAAACCGAAACGCAUGUAAACGAUACGAGACAUUGA